GGGGGGGGUUUCAUUUCACUUUGACCGAGCAAAGUACACUAAAACAGGGCCUGUAUGGUGUCAGCAACACUGAGCUGUGAGGAAAACAGCUCGCCACAAGACCGUCUGGGCUCAGCAGGAAGCGCCGCCGUGUUUACUUCCAGGUCAACCUCAGACGUCAUGUGGACCAGAUGCCUGCUCUUCGUCUCGACCUUGUUUGCUCCCAUCGCCAUCGCGUUCGGCCGUGCACCGAUCCCCAUGGCGGUGGUGAGGAGGGAGCUGUCCUGCGAGUCCUACCCCAUCGAGCUGCGCUGCCCGGGCACCGACGUCAUCAUGAUCGAGAGCGCCAACUACGGCCGCACCGACGACAAGAUCUGCGACUCGGACCCCGCCCAGAUGGAGAACACCCGCUGCUACCUGCCCGACGCGUACAAGAUCAUGUCGCUCAGAUGCAACAACCGUACGCAGUGUGCGGUGGUGGCCGGGCCCGACGUCUUCCCCGACCCCUGUCCCGGCACGUACAAGUACCUGGAGGUCCAAUAUGAGUGUGUCCCAUACAAAGUGGAACAAAAAGUAUUUCUUUGCCCUGGCAUUCUGCGAGGGGUGUACCAAAGUGAGCACCUCUUCGAGUCGGACCACCAGUCGGGCGCGUGGUGCAAAGACCCGCUUCAGGCCUCCGACAAGAUCUACUACAUGCCCUGGACGCCGUACCGCACGGACACACUGACAGAGUACUCGUCAAAGGAGGACUUCAUCGCGGGCCGUCCCACCACCACCUACAAACUGCCGCACCGCGUGGACGGCACCGGUUUUGUCGUCUACGACGGCGCGCUGUUCUUCAACAAGGAGCGCACGCGCAACAUCGUGAAGUUCGACCUGCGCACCCGCAUCAAGAGCGGUGAGGCCAUCAUUGCAAACGCCAACUACCACGACACCUCGCCUUACCGCUGGGGGGGCAAGUCGGACAUCGACCUGGCGGUGGACGAGAACGGGCUGUGGGUGAUCUACGCGACGGAGCAGAACAAUGGGCGCAUCGUGGUGAGCCAGCUCAACCCUUACACCCUGCGCAUCGAGGGCUCGUGGGACACCAGCUACGACAAGCGCUCCGCGUCCAACGCGUUCAUGAUCUGCGGAGUCUUGUACGUGGUCAAGACCGUCUACGAGGACGACGACAACGAAGGGACGGGGAACAAAAUCGACUACAUGUACAACACGGAUAAGAGCAAGGAGGUGACGGUGAACAUACCGUUCCCGAAUUCCUACCAGUACAUCGCCGCAGUGGAUUACAACCCCAGGGACAACCUGCUCUACGUUUGGAAUAACUACCACGUGGUCAAGUACUCGCUAGACUUCGGCAACAAUGACUACCGCCCACCUCCCAUAAUGCCUCCUAACCGAGGUGGAGGUGGAGGAGGAGGAGGAGGAGGGGGAGGUCCAGUUGGCGGUGGAGGUUCCUCUUCUUCGUCCACCGGCCGCACCACCACCACUCGUUCCCCUCCCUACUACACCACCCCGCGGCCUCUCCUCACCACCUCCCCCGGCCAGCGCUACCGAACCACCACCACGGUUCGCCAGCCGGUCCUGGUUCCUAACGGCGGCUCGUCGUCGGACACCAACCAGAUUCCCGACACCAACCAGAAAGCCGGGGGACGCUCCCCUCCGGUGCAGGUCCCUCCGGCGGCCCCGCAGCCCCCCGCCCUGCCUCCCCAGGACUUCUGCAAUCCCAGGCUGACGGCCGACAUAUCGUGGCCCCGGACGCAGCAAGGCCAGAUGGCAAAGCAGCCGUGCCCUGUAGGGACUCUGGGCGUGGCCACAUACGUGUGCGUGGCCCACUUGGGCUACUGGGAUCCCCAAGGCCCCGACCUCAGCAACUGCACGUCGCCUUGGGUCAACCACAUCAUGCAGAAACUCCGCUCGGGCGAGACGGCGGCGAUCGUGGCCAGGGAGCUGGCGGAGCAGACCAAAGGGCUCCUGCGGCCCGGCGACGUGCCGUCCACGGUGCGGGCCAUGGCCCAGCUGGUGGAGCUGCUGGACGUCCAGCUCAGGAACCUCACCCCCGGGGGGAAGGACAGCGCCGCCCGCAGCCUCACCAAGGCCAUGGUGGAGACGGUGAAUAAUUUGCUGCAGCCGAGAGCCCAGGCGGCGUGGAGGGAACUGCCCACCAGCGGCCAGCUGCACUCGGCCACUCUGCUCCUCGACACGGUGGAGACCGGGGCUUUUAUGUUAGCCGACAACCUCCUCAAGACUGACACUGUGCAGGAGACCACUGACAACAUCCAGCUGGAAGUGGCCAGGCUAAGCACGGAAGGGAACCUUGCCGACCUGACAUUCCCUCAAUCAGAGCUACAUGGAAACUCCAUCCAGCUGUCAGCCAGCACUCUCAAGCAGCACGGCAGAAACGGUGAGAUCAGGAUGGCAUUCGUCCUGUACAGGAACCUGGGGGCCUACCUGUCCACGGAGAACGCGAGCGUCCGGCUGAGCAGCGAGGCGGUCUACCCCAAUUACUCCGUCAUCGUCAACUCCCCGGUCAUCACAGCCUCCAUCAACAAGGAGAGCAAUAAGGUUUACCUGUCUGAGCCCGUGGUCUUCACCGUCAAACACCUGCAGCAUUCGGAAGAGAACUUCAAUCCCAACUGUUCGUUCUGGAGCUACUCCAAGCGCACCAUGACGGGAAUCUGGUCUACCCAGGACUGUCGUCUGCUGGCCACCAAUCGCACACACACCACCUGCUCCUGCACACACCUCACCAGCUUCGCCGUGCUCAUGGCCCACGUGGAGGUGAAGAAAGCGGACAGCAUGCACGACCUGCUCCUGGACGUCAUCACGUGGGUGGGGAUCCUGUUGUCGCUGGUGUGCCUGCUCAUCUGCAUCUUCACCUUUUGCUUCUUCCGCGGGCUGCAGAGCGAUCGCAACACCAUCCACAAGAACCUCUGCAUCAGCCUCUUCAUCGCCGAGUCGCUGUUCCUGGUGGGGAUCAACAGGGCCGAUCAACCGAUUGCCUGUGCAGUGUUUGCGGCCUUGCUCCAUUUCUUCUUCCUGGCAGCCUUCACCUGGAUGUUCCUGGAAGGGGUGCAGCUCUACAUCAUGCUGGUGGAGGUGUUUGAGAGCGAACACUCCAGGACUAAGUACUUCUACCUGGCAGGCUACGGAGUGCCCGCUGUCAUAGUGGCCGUCUCCGCCGCGGUGGACUACAGGAGCUAUGGCACCGACAGAGUGUGCUGGCUGCGAUUGGACACAUACUUUAUCUGGAGCUUUAUAGGCCCUGCUACGCUCAUCAUUAUGCUGAAUGUAAUCUUCCUCGGCAUCGCUCUUUAUAAGAUGUUCCAUCACACGGCCAUUCUCAAACCAGACUCUGGAUGUCUGGACAACAUCAAGUCCUGGGUGAUCGGGGCCAUAGCCCUGCUGUGUCUGCUGGGCCUGACCUGGGCCUUCGGCCUGAUGUACAUCAACGAGAGCACCGUCAUCAUGGCCUACCUCUUCACCAUCUUUAACUCCCUGCAGGGAAUGUUCAUCUUCAUCUUUCACUGCAUACUGCAGAAGAAGGUGCGCAAAGAGUACGGCAAAUGCCUGCGCACCCACUGCUGCAGCGGCAAGAGCGUGGAGACGUCCAUCUCCUCCUCCAGCAAGACCACCACUUCGCGGACGCCAGGCCGCUACUCCACAGGCUCACAGGUGAGCUUACCUGCCUGCACACCUGGACGCUACAGCACAGCAGACUCUCAGAGUCGCAUCAGGCGGAUGUGGAACGACACCGUGAGGAAACAGGAGUCCUCCUUCAUCACCGGAGACAUCAACAGCUCCGCCACGCUCAACAGAGAGGGUAUCCUGAACAACGCCAGAGACUCCAGUGUGAUGGAUACGCUCCCUCUCAAUGGCAACCACGCCAACAACUACAGCAUGGCCAGCAGCGAGUACUUGAGCGACUGCGUCCAGAUCCUGGACCGUAGCGGCGGCUACGGUACCCACGGCAACCACAAGGAGACCACCCUGGAGAAGAAGAUCCUCAAGGAGCUGACCUCCAAUUACAUCCCAUCCUACCUCAACAACCACGAGAGGGCCACCACCGAGCGCAACCACAACCUGAUGAACAAGCUGGUCAACAGCAGCAUGGCCAACGGAGGGAGCCUGGCGGGAGGCAGCAGCAGCAGCAGCAGCAGUGGGGUUGGUGGGUGCGUGGGCAGCGGUAAAGAGGACAACGGGCCCAUGGUGCUGGACAACCCCGCGGCCUUCCCCCACGAGGAGAACCUGGGUUUGGAGAUCAUCAGGGAGGAGUCCAACGCCCCGCUCCUGCCACCGCGUCCCCCUCCGCCCGACAGCCACCCGCCGCCUCCGCCACCACCGCACAGCUUCUCCCGGCCGCGGCAUCCCCAAGAGACCAGCGAGAGCUUCUUCCCCCUGCUGACCAACGAGCACACCGACGAGCACACGCAUUCGCCCAACCACAGAGACUCGCUGUACACCAGCAUGCCGGUGCUGACGGACCUUCCGGACGGGCAGGUGAACGGCCUGACGGACGGAGAGGAGGACAGCUCCGGCGAGCUGCAGCCCUGUAAGAGCGCCACCGCGCCGGAGCUGGACGACGUCUAUUACAAGAGCAUGCCGAACCUGGGCUCCCGGAAUCACCUCCACGAUCUGCAGAGCUACUACCACAUGGGCCGCGGUGGCAGCGAUGGAUACAUGGUGUCCGGCAGCAAGGACGAGUCCGACUCGUCGCCCGAGGAGCCGCCAAUAGACCCUUCCCACCUGGUCACCAGUCUAUAGAGCCGAUCGAGAGACUCCUAUCCCUCCCCAGCCCAUUCUCACACUUCCAACCUUCCAACGAAAAAACAUUCUGUGUUGUUGACCAACAGACUGAGCUGGCCCACCGCUGGAUCGAUAUACUGUGUGUGACAUUAACUGUGGCUCAUAACUAUAGGCUUGGGAAUUCGCCGGUCUGAUGAAAGCGGGGACUGAAUGUAUUGUCACAAAUGGCGCAGAGCCAAAGGGCAGUUUUGAGAGACUGUUUGGGAACAUCAAACAGAAACGGAACUUUAAAACCCGGAAAGGAGCGGACGGUGGGAGGGAUUCUGUAAUUUCACCCUACCUGUUACUUUGAUAUGGAAUCUUUGAUUGACAGUAGCCCUACAAGUUCCCCAAUAUGACCUCUAGCAGAUCAUAGCGUAAAAGUCUCCACAACCACCACAACAGGGGGCGUGGCCCCGGUUAAAAAGGAGCUGCCUGUCUGUUUGUCUGAUCGUCUGUCUCUCCAUCUCACUCUUAAAGACACUUGUUGGGAUGAUGUUUCCACCUCAGAACAGGGUAUCGAACUCCGCUCUUCGCAACAUAAACUGGCCUUGAAGAGGCCCCGCCCCACUACCUGCCAAUCAAGUGGAGGAUGUAUAAAAUAUGCCCUCACGACCGAUCAUCCCAAGAACUAUUUUAUUGGGCAACCGAACUGUAACCAUAUCACGCCGAUGUUCUGAAUUCCCCUUCCCGUUCGUAUCUGCUAAACUGGAGUUGUGUCUGGGCUGGUGUAACAUUCCUGCAAGUUGUAGUGACUGCGGCUACUGUGUACUUCACUGAAAACAAAGAAGGAAGAUCAUA